UUCUCACCUUUACGAGCAUCAGUUCAGACACCUGCAACAUCCAGUCACCUGGGAAACAAGCAGCUCCGAGACUUCAGUGGAUUUCUUUUAUAUCUUUGAUCUAAAACCAAGAACCGGACCAACAAGCAGAAAUGGGAAAAGUUUUAUUCGCUAUCGUUGCAGUUCUUGCAUCUUUGGUUCUGGUGGAGUCCCUGUCCUGCAACAAGUGCUCCUUCAGUGUGUUUGGCCUCUGUGUGGGUGCAAGUACGGAGAGCUGCUCUAACAGCACCCGCAACGUCUGUUACACUGGAAAAACAGUUUUCCCAUCCCUCACAAGCUUCGUGGGCUUCAACAAUCAGGGGUGCAAGGACGACAACUCAAACUGUAACCAAACCAUCCAAGGAACUCUGAUGUUCGUCAACUACACCACCACAUUGACCUGCUGCAACACAGACAAGUGCAACCCCACCACGCUCAGCAGCAGCGCAGCAACUGCCAAGAUGACCGUCACUGGUGCCGUGGGUGCAGCCAUCCUGGCCUCUGUGUUGGGAAGCAUCAUGUAGCAAAAUAACCAAAGCAUCCUGGAAUCCCUUGGAAAAACAAAGAAUUCCGUGUUUAUGAAAUCAAAUUUCCCAUCAAAAGAAAAAAGUACGCAUACAACUCAUCCUAUAAACAGAUGUUAUCAAAUGAAGUUUGCAGAAGUUGGGCAAUGGGGUGUUUCUGGGAAACAUUGAGCUCGUAAAUCUUUCAUGAGGAUUGCUUUGUCCUUUUAAAAUGUAUUUAUCUUUCUAAAUUCAUUGUACUUAAUGGACAAAUGCAGCCAAAAUAAAUAAAAAUUUACGUUUUA